AUGUACAAAGUGCCAAUGGGGUUUGAAACAUCGUCGGGCUGCCGCGCCGAGCAACCUUAUCCAGCUGCCGGGACCACCACGCUCAGGAAAUACUCUCAUCACCGCCACGAAACCUACUAUACCCCUCUCCGACGCGGACCAAGCAUGCCCAUGACCGAAGACAUUGACUCCAUCGUCAAGGGGGCCCCCGUGGUCUCCCCAGCCAUCAAGGCUGCCGCCGCCGCCACCGGCACCAGUCCCAUCCUCCACGAAGAUGUCAAGCAAGGUGAUCCCUUGCACAACACCCCCAGCUCGCCGUCCAUGAUCUACCUCAACCUCCUUAUCCUCGAAGCCUCUCUGCGCGCCCAAUUCCUCGAGCUGCGCGCGCGCAAGCGCCACCACACCUUCUUCCUCACCCUCCUCAGCGCCUGGGUCUGCUUCUUCGGCUACAAGUUGUACUUUGCGCCCCGCGAGGACGGCCAGGGCGUCGGCGGCUCCAUCUACUGGGCCGUCGAGGGCGCCCAAAAGGUGUGCUUCAUGGGCGGCAUCAUCACCGCCGUCCUCGUCUGGGCCACGGGCAUCUGGGAGCGCGGCAUCCGCUGGCCCCGUCGCUGGUUCGCCAUUUCCAACCGCGGCCUGCGCGGCUUCAACUGCAAGCUCGUCCUCAUCCGCAGGCCCUGGUGGGCCGAGGCUCUCUCCUCUGUCGGCUUCUUCCUCACCUACGGGCUCUUCACCCACACCGCCAGCUCCUCCUACCGCCACGUCGACCCUUCCCUGCUGCGCGAGGUCGAAAAAGAGCUGCAGCUGUCCGGCGACGGCCACCACCCGACGCUGAUACUACCUCACCAAGAUGACGUACGCGGUGGCCACGAGGAGGAUCUCGCCCCUGGUGGUGAUUACGUCAAGCUGCUACUCCUCGCCAAGCCAUUCUCCCCAACCUUUCGCGAAAACUGGGAGCUGUACCGAACAGAGUACUGGGACCGUGAAAACGAGCGACGAGCGCUUCUACGAGAAAAAGUAAAUGAAUACGACGUCAAAAUGGCCAAGGCCCAGCAUGGUUGGCUGUGGCGCCUGCCCUGGAAAAAGGCACAGGUGAAACAGCAGGAGACGCCCAAGGUUCUUCACAAGAGCCACAUUAGCACCGAGAAGCUGCACAAGCGCCGCAGUAGCAGUGUUCGGCGCGGCUCUGUCAGCUCGACACGCAGUGGCACCCCAUCCUUUGACCUCGACGACGGCCACCCGACGACGCGCCGCGCCGGUUCCAUUUCAAGCUUGACUGAGAAGCGACGGAAAAAGGCCACGAGCCUGCCCAAGUCGAGAAAGCAGGGCUCCGAGUCUCGGUCCGUCACGCCGGACUUGCCCCCCUCACCCCUCGCCGGAGACGCGGUUGUCAAGAGAGAGGGUACGCCUGACAGUGGUAGAGUCCUGCGCAGCGCGAGCGGGACGCAUAGGGAAAAGGCCCAGGCAAAGUGA